AUGGAUCUACUCUCAAAAAUAGAACUGGAAGUAUUAGAAGAAGAUGAUGGCACAGGAACACACACAAAGGAUAUCCUUAACGAUAUAGUGAACAGAUAUACCAAUGAUCGAGCUGCAAAAGAGCCCCUGGAGGAUUAUAUCAGUGUCGAACUGAACGAGAAGUUUUAUAUCCACAAUAGUAUGGAUUCAUUUGAAUUUAUAGAUGAAAAGAACAGUCCUAUGCGUCUCCUUGAAACAAGCAGCAUAGAGUUGCAGAUAAUUCUGGCAUUGAUAGAUUUCUCAUCAGUAAAUGCUCAAAGAAUAGCUGACUGGUGCCAUCAGGAUGCAAAAUUUAUGAAAGAGCUACACGAUAAAGUCCUAAGCGAGAAUAAAAAAGAACUCAAGGGGUUUACUGCCCUAUUUUAUCACAUAUUAAAAAUAUCGUGUUCUGUACAUGACCUAAAUAAGCUGCUCAGCGAAGAGAAUGCGGUAACUUCAAACAUACUCAAGAAAUUGUUUCAUAAUUCUUUGCAAUUGAGAAAUUUCCAUGAAUAUGAAAAUGUAUAUAAGGGAUUUAAGUUCAAACCCAAUGUUCAUCUCAAUGCAACAAUCCAUAUGGUGAUUGAGCUAAGUGAUAUACUCUCUAAUAGAAUUGCAACUCUAAAUAAUCAGUUGUAUUUGGAGAUCAGAGAUGGAAAGUUUUGUGUUUCAAAUGAUGAAUAUACUAUUGCAAUGUAUGAAUCAUUUGAAUUUGAACUAGGUAAAAAAUACAACGUUACACUAGUACUAAAAUCUCAAGAUCUUGAGCUUUUUAUAGACGGUGAUAGCAUCAACAAAUUAACAAUAAUUACAGAAGGAUUUACUUCAAUUGAUGCAAUCGAUAUAGGCUCACCAAUAUGCUCUUUUAAACUAUUUGAAUUCUGCGUAUUUGAUACUGUACUCCCAGAAGCGGUUAUCACUUCACUAACCACUCUCAAUAUUAUUAAUAUGUUCAAUGAAGAUCUUAUGCAAUAUGCUGGAACUAAUGAAAGAAAAACCAAUAACUGGAAUCACAGGAUUCCAAUCGGCAAAAACCUUGAGAAAUUUCUCAUAUACCAAUAUACCUUUGAGGAGCAAUUGGCAUCCCAGAAUAAAUCAACAACGAAAAUGGUUUUCGACAAUACAGAAAAGUCUGAAUACACCAGUGGUAAUUUUAAUGCUUAUAAGGAAGCCGACGUUGUUGCUUCAUUUGAAGCACUCAAUGGUGUGUGUACAUUGAUGGAACAAAUUUACAAAUCAGAGAAUUUAUCUGUCAUAGAAGACCGAGUAUUAUUGCUUUUAUACACUCUCAAGCACCCUUCAAUUAGAUCACAAUACUACAAAGAUUAUGAUAUUAACCUCUUAGCAUAUACACUACUCGAAGGUCCAUUAAAAAGAUUGAAAACAUUGCCAUCAAUAGCACUGAUUAAGGGCAUAUCAGAACUGUGCUGCUGGAAUACCAAUGAUCCAACACAAUCAUAUAUAACAGAUCAUGACAUUUUUCUUGAUCUUUAUCUUAACUUGAAUUUUUGGCGAUUUUAUGAAGAAUUGAUAGAAGAGGAUCAUUGCCAAGCCGAAUCUGUGAAAAAUAAUAUGAUCGAAAUAGUAAGUUAUCAAUUAUAUCAACUGGAGAGCUUGGUCAAGGAAUCAACAUAUAAGGAAGAAAAUAGUAUCAUACUUGAGUCGCACAAUCUUCUCCAAACAAUGUGCAAUACUUUAUGCUUUUUAGAAAAAAGUAAAAGGCUAAGAAUAACUAAUAAGUGUACAACACAAUUAGUUAAACUUUUUAGCUGCCUUUUAGCAAAUGCGCAUAACCCCACUACAUUCACCUGGUAUAUUAACACCAUUUACUAUAAUCUAAAGGUCAACUGCCAUACAAACUUUAUAAUGAUGACAAAAGCAUUCAAUGAAUAUUUGAACGGUAUGACAAAAGAUUAUGAUAACACUUCAAUUGGUGUAAAUAUUAUCACACCCAAAAUCCUACUAAUCAUACUGGAAGAACUGUCAACUCAUAAGCUGGAUCCCUCUGAUUUUACUUUUCUAUUGUUUAGAUACUUUUCAAUUAAUUCAAAUGUAUGGAAAAAAACUCUCAAAAAUGGAGGCUGGGAUAUUCUUUUGACAUACAUUACAGAUCUAGAUUUAAGUUACUUUGAAUCAUUGACAGAAAUUAUACUACUAUUUGCUGUUAAUGAUUUAGACCAUUACAAUACAGAAACUUUUGCACUUAACACUCAAACAACUAAUAACCAAAAAGAGAACGUUAUACGUUACGAAGCUAUUGAGUUACUAUGCACAUACAUGCAGUGGCGACUACAUGACCCAUCUAUGCUAGAUACUAAGAAUAUUCAACUUCUCGACACAACCAUAAGCCGUGCGCUGGCGACAAUUAAUGAUACGAUAAAAUUUGACAAUAUCCAAUCACUGGAUAUCAACAGAACAACCAAUUUGAUUCUUGCUAUCGAAAAUCUUGCAUUGACACUUACUCAAAUAGCUACGGGCGAAAAAUCUCUCAAUGCUUUAGAGUUGGCAAAAGGUUUAUUGAACAAUUUUCUAAUUACAGAUUUGGAACUUGGCAAACAUGACUCAUAUAAACAUUAUUGUAUUAAUAGAGUGGAAGCGAUGAAUUCAUCCUUUUUAAGGAGAAUGCAUUCUGAUAAACCAAACCACCUUUUAUGCUUUUUCUCAAAGGAGCUACUUCCUAAUUUAGUGGAUCAUUUCUUUGUAAAGUAUAAACAGAACGAGCCAGCCAGGUCAAAAGCUGCACUUAGGUUAUGUGAACUGAUUCUUUUUGUCCAUUCUGAAACAUCGCGCUAUCAUAUACUUGAAAAUGAUCAUAGAUUCUGGUUAGAAUUGUUCUUGAAAUGCUCUGACCUUUUUAGUGAUAAAGUCAUUCACAAUUCGAAAAUGAAAAUAGCCUUUUUGAAGUGCUUGAAGAAGUUACUGAUCAAAAUAAUGUAUGCUAUUCAAUUUCAGAAAUUGAACAAGAAAACAGAAGAAAAUUGUUUUUUUUAUAAAUAUUUAUUGGCUUACCAGUUAAUGUUAUUUGGGAAAGAAUAUCUUGGAUGUGACAGAAUACUAAUCAUGAAUAUGAUCAUCCUUAUAGGAUUACAAAUUAACGAAAAUAAGGCAGACAGUUUGGCAUUAGAUUGUCUACGAUCUGUGAUACUUCAUCAAUCCUAUGACUUGAUUCACUUAGCGAAUAAUAUUAAUCAUGAGUAUCGAAUGGAGGUAAUGCAGACUUUAGAGAAUCUUUUGACCAUGGACAAUGACGAAGCGAUUAGCAUGCUUACCGAAAGCGGCUAUUUUUUGUUUAGUGUGAACCAAAAAUAUAGGCUAGAGGAUUAUCUCAAUGACCACACAAAGAAUUUAUCGGCAAUUAAAUUAGAAGAUAACAAUACUACUAUAUAUCCAAGGGAUAUAUAUAGUACCGACCUAGAAGCUUUAUUAAAAAAUUGUAAAUCAACGACAGUACUUUUUGCCAAUGAUAAUGCAAAUUAUUCACCUAAUAUCAUAAAAAUGCAAGCAAGAAUUUCACAAAUUUAUGAAUCAGAUAUAAACGAGGAACGGUUUUUAUCACACUCAAAAUUACUAAACUUGCUCAAGCGAAGACAGAAUAUACUAGACACGCAAGACGAACUGGAGCUCAAUAAGACCUGGAAUCUAGAUUUCUUGGAGGAUUGCGGAAAACAAAGACAAAGAAUAUUACAGACAUACAAAGUAGAUGAAACAGGCUUAGGUAAUUAUUAUAAUAAAUUUAGUCGUGGCGUCAAGAUAACUGAUAGCAAUGCAGAAAGUAUCAGAUCUUUUGAUAUGGUCCCAGAGCUUGAACAAGUAGGAACUGUAAACAGCUUACAAACAAAUGAGAAUAGAAAAAUACUGAAGCUGUUGAAAGCAGGCGACUCUAUACAAAGUAUCUGGAACUGUAGUUUAAUUAAGGGUUUAAACAUAUCAGAAGGGAUGUUAAUUAUUGGGAGUUCUUUUGUAUAUUUUGUCGAUGGUUUUUAUUACUUAUCGAGUGAACGGAGAGUUUUAAGGAUAGAAGACGCUCCGGAAAAUGUUAGGGACAUAAAUAUAAAAUACUUGAAGGGUAUGGAGGGAAAUACCAAUUCAAUUACAAGCUAUACUGGCAUUCAUACCUUUGAGAAAAAUGAGUUAGCAUUUGUAACAAAGAGACCUUAUCUAUUAAGGGACACAGCCCUAGAAAUGCUGUUUACCGAUGGGCGCUCUUUUCUUUUGAAUUUAAAAAACAAACUAGUGAGAAAUGAAUUACAUGAUUUACUUUCAUAUAUUGCUUGCAGGGAUACAGUUGAUAUUGCCUUGGCGACUACUUUAAAUGACAUAAACCGUAACAGUAGCAAUAUUACUACACAGAAUGGAAUUGCAAAAGACUCUGUUAGGUAUAUGUUCUCUAAUGCAUUCUCAGGACCCAUUGAACUUUUUGACAAAUCGAAAAUAACCAAAUUGUGGAAAGAGGGAGAGGUUUCUAAUUUUCACUAUCUAAUGAUGAUAAAUAUGAUGGCAGGUAGAUCCUGCAACGAUCUGACACAAUAUCCAGUUUUUCCUUGGGUCAUUAAGGAAUAUACAACUGAUACCUUACAAACUACAAAUCCAAUAAACUAUAGAGAUCUGGAUAAACCAAUGGGCGCUCAAACUGAAAAAAGAUGCAAUGAAUUUAUAGAGAGAUAUCAACUAUUGAGUGAACUAGACUCCGAUGGAUCCUUACCAUUUCACUAUGGAACUCAUUAUUCCUCUGCUAUGAUCACUGCAAAUUACAUGCUACGACUUGAACCUUUUCAUAGUACAUUUAUGACACUGCAAGAUGGCAAUCUUGGUCAUGCUGAUAGAUUAUUCAGUUCGGUAGAAAGGACAUGGAGAUCUGCUGCUUCCGAAAGUACUACUGAUGUUCGAGAGCUUAUCCCUGAGUUUUUUUACCUACCCGAAUUUCUAAAAAAUAUAAAUGAUUAUAACUUGGGAACUCGCCAGGAUGGAUCAAAAGUAGCAGAUGUUAUUCUUCCUCCUUGGGCGAAGGGUGAUCCCAAAAUAUUUACUGAAGUCAAUAGAAAAGCAUUAGAAAGUCGAUAUGUUUCAGAACAUCUCCAUAAUUGGAUUGAUCUCAUUUUUGGUGCAAAACAAAGAGGGAAAGAAGCUAUAGAAUCUGUCAACGUAUUUAAUUCUCUAAGCUACCCAGGGACAAUCAAUUUAGAUAAUGUUAAUGAUGAGAAUGAACGUAUGGCAAUCACUGGUAUCAUUCAUAAUUUUGGACAAACACCAUUACAGAUAUUCAGAGACUUUCAUCCACAAAAGAAACAUAUUGACUCUUAUCAAGCAAAGGAGCUAUUUCUUGCUAAGCUCCCUGAAAUUGAAAGGCAUAUCAAGCAUGUAAAUAGUGAUAGUUCAGCUACUGGAUAUUGUAGUUUAGAGCCUUCAGCAAAUGGAUUUGGAGCAAAGAAUGGUGAGUGUUGGAAUGUAUCAUUUGUCGGGCAUAGUGUUAUUGAAAAGAAAAAUAUGAAACCAAUGAAUAUAAGCAUUAAAGAUGGUAACUAUAUUCAAAUAGAAGAUAAAAUUCUGAGGAAUCUGCAUAAUACAACUAUUUCAUAUUUAAAGAUACUAAGAGAGGGUAUGUUUAUUACCGGUGAUACAAAUGGCUUAUUGAGAUUAUGGGGUAUUAGCAAUUGGAAGGAGAAGAGAGUGGAACUAAAAGCUACCUUUUGUGGACAUAUGAAUGAAAUAAAGACAACAAAUGUCAUGUAUAGUUCAAGCAUAAUGAUUUCAAUCGAUCAGAAGAGACAAGUUUUCCAAUGGGAUUUAUGCUCAGGUAUGUUCAUAAGGCGCUUAGGUACAGAUAUCAAGAAUAUAGCCAUCUCACAACUUGAGGGCAAUAUAGCCUUACUGAAACUGGAUAAUACAUUGUACCUGAAGAAUAUAAAUGGCGAUACAUAUUGGUCGGGGAAAAUACCAAACAUUGGAGAUCUUGAAGUUACCUGUUUAGACUUUUUUGACUUUACCAACUUGGAGCAGGGCUUUGCGAAACAUAGGUACUGGGAAGAAAAAGAAAUCUUGAUCGUUGGUACAUCUGAUUGCAAACUAAGAUUCUAUGAGUUUGGUUUGGAUUUUAGCAAUAUGUCUUGGACUGUCACUCCGGUUUGUUAUGUAAGUGUGCAUUCACCUGUUUUAGCUGUCGGUAACUAUGGAACUAGAAUUAAUGAUGCCAGAAUCUUACAAAUUGCAGCACUAGACAUAUCAAAUGUUAGCAUAUGGAAUAUAGAUUGGUAA